UUGUUGGCCGUUUGGCUCGAUCAGCAGCCAGUCAAGCGGCUGCAUCUACAGACAGGAAGUUAAUGUGGCUGCUGAUCAUACCAGUGACGACAGCGUCUCUAGGCACGUGGCAGAUCUUCAGACUGAGAGACAAGUUAGAACUGAAGCUCAAGUUGGAGGCUAAAACACAAGCUUUGCCCAUAGAGAUGCCAUCAGAAGUCUCAAACUUGGAUGAGUUAGAAUAUCGUCGUGUUGUCUUACACGGUUUCUUUGACCAUGGAAUUGAGUUUUAUAUUCGUCCAAGACAAUUGCUGUCUGGCGAGACUCGACAACGAAUACAAACAUCAGAGCCUGGAGCUCAAGUCAUUACACCAUUUUACUGUAGACAAACAAAUUCAAGGAUUCUCGUGAACAGAGGGUGGGUGCCGAAGUCGAGGCUUAAUCCUCAAUCUCGAUUGGAAGGGCAGAUUGAAGGUGAAGUCACACUUACUGCUUUGAUACGAAGGAAUGAAAACAGACCAAUAUUUAUGCCAAAGAACGACAUCGAGAACAACAUGUGGCAUUACAAAGAUCUCGAGCAAAUGUCGUCUAUUGCUGCCACGGAACCGAUUCUCGUAGAUGCCGAUGCAACAACCACCAUCCCUGGUGGCCCAAUUGGAGGCCAGACAGUCGUCUCCCUCAGGAAUGACCAUCUCCAGUAUAUCUUCACAUGGUAUUGUUUGUCACUCUUUACAUUCUACAUGUGGUUUAAACUGAGAAACCGGCAAGUCAGAUCUAGAGCACGACUUCAAAGUGUAACAGGAAGAACAUGAGAGAAACGAGUUGCUACAGUGUAGGCGAUUUUCUGAAAUGUAAUAUAUUAAUUAAUUAAUUAAUGAUUUAUGGUCACGUGAGUUGAUGGGAUAGGUGACAGUAUGUAUUGUUGUGAAUCUCGAAUGUGCAAAACGUAUUCACUAGAACUCAAGCGUCGGAGUAGAUCGAAGCAAGUAUAUAUAUAUAUAUAUAUAUAUUGAUGUAAUGUUGACAAUGUUAUGUGGGA